AUUUCACCAUCUUAAACAAAAUAUUCAAUUACAAUUCACAUUUGUAAAAAGAUUAAGGCUUCGUGAUUAAAACAACGAAGCUUCGUAAUUAAAACAAAAACAUCAAAGAGAACUAUUAAUUUCAUUUGUUUAUUUAUAAAAUCAUACGUACUUAAAUCAAACUUAAGAACAUCACCGCUGCCCUCGUGGAUAAUUAUCGUACUCUACAUUCACUCAUUUUCAACAACACAAAUUCAACGCAAACGUCUAUCUCGAUCAUCCUCCUUGUAUAUAGCUCCGUUGUGGGUAUAAUACAUGACGACCGUGUAUCAAUCGUAGGACCACGUGUAUUGUUGGAAUAUUGUGAAAAAAGGUAUAUAUUUUAAAAUGGCUAAUACUACUGAAAAAGGAAAGAAACGGCAAGCCGACGAUAAUGCUAUGGAGGUCGAAGUAGUAAAUGGCAUUGAAGGAAAGGUUAAAUCUAGAUCGCCUGCUAAAAGAGUCAAAAAAGUAUAUGGUGAAUUUCGAAAGAUACCUGUACCUGCACAUAGGUAUACUCCUCUUAAGGAAAAUUGGAUGAAGAUUUUUACUCCUAUUGUAGAACAUUUACAAUUACAAGUACGUUUCAAUUUGAGAACAAGGAAUGUAGAAAUUCGUACUGCUCCUGAAACUACCGCUAUUUCUAAUCUUCAAAAAGCUGCAGAUUUUGUUAAAGCAUUUAUAUGUGGUUUCGAAGUAGAAGAUGCUCUAGCUUUAUUACGAUUAGAUGAUUUGUUUGUCGAGACUUUUGAAAUUCAAGAUGUAAAACCGUUAAAAAGUGAUCAUUUAUCUAGAGCUAUAGGAAGGUUAGCAGGGAAAGGAGGCAGAACAAAAUUCACAAUUGAAAAUGUUACAAAAACAAGAAUCGUUUUAGCCGAUAGCAAGGUUCAUAUACUUGGAUCUUUCCAAAAUAUACAAUUAGCUCGUAGGGCUAUUUGUAAUUUAAUAUUAGGAAGUCCACCGUCCAAAGUGUAUGGUCAUUUAAGGAAUAUUGCUAGUAGGGUAUCAGAGCGAUUGUGAUAUGAUAUAAGAAAUUGUAUAAAAUUGUUUUCUAUUUUGCAUAUAUAUGUAAAUUUAUAAGAUUAAGUCUGUUUUUU